GAUAAAAAUGUGGUGUGCAACAAUAUAAUAAUCAUUAGCAUUAGUGAACUGUAAUCGUACUAACUAUGGAAACCGAAGUAGUUUCAUCGUUUUUUACAAGUUCUUCCGGAGAAUCCAGGUCCGAAGAUAUCAGUGAAAAGUUUUUACAAUUAGUAGAUGAACUAAAUCUAUCUCUUGGACAGUUUCAAAUGCCUAAAAAAGUAAAGGCUGUUUAUAAUCCCACCAUUUACGCGAGAGAACCGUUUGAAAUGUAUGUGCGUAAAUAUUGCAACACACCGAAACGUAUUAUAUUCUUUGGUAUGAACCCAGGGCCCUUUGGAAUGUCUCAGACUGGAAUACCAUUUGGUGAAAUAGAGUCAGUUCGAGAUUGGCUUGGUAUAUCUGGAACAGUGGGGAAACCACCAGUUGAAAUAAAAAGUCGAGAAGUUUUGGGUUUUGACUGCAAGAGAUCUGAAAUUAGUGGAAAAAGAUUUUGGGGCCUAUUUAGAACUUUGUGUGGGACACCGGAAAAUUUCUUCAAAUCCAGUUUUGUUUACAACUACUUGCCUCAGCAGUGGUUGACAGACACUGGGUGCAAUUUAACUCCUGGUGAUUUCAAAACACAUGAGGUACAAGAAUUAUACAAUAUUUGUGACCCUGUAUUUCACAAAGUGCUAGAACUGUAUCAAGUUGAUUAUAUUGUGGCCAUUGGAAAAUUCUGUGAAACCAGAGCUAAGAAAACUAUAGAGAAAUACUCUCUUCCAAAACCUGUUAAGAUUCUGUACAUGCAGCACCCAAGCCCCAGAGUAGUAAAUAACAACAACUGGACAGAGAAAACCAUAGAUUUCUUAAAAGAAAACAAUCUGCUUCAAUAUUACACGCAGCCAUCAGCAUAAUUACAACUGUGAUUUAA